UUCACAGCACAAGAAACACAGAAGAUACAAGACCUAUUAAUGUACUGUACAUUCUGCAACAUCAUUAACCAUGAAGUUUGUCCUUGUCCUAACAGUCAUCGCUGGAGUCAUUGCUACAGGGGAAGCUCUGAGCUGUUACACAUGUAAGGCGUUUGGUCCGGACUGUACAGGGGUGCCUUGUGAAUGGACAAAUGGAGAAGACACUUGUGCAAAAGUAAUUGAAUAUAACACUGAAUAUGAUGACUUGAUAAUCACGGUGAAGAAAGGAUGUUUGACUAGUACUGAUACUUGUGGCAAUUACUAUGCUUUUGAUUCAUCUGGGUAUUAUCAUUAGAAAUUUACACUGAAUGCUGCAACGGAGACAACUGCAAUUGUGGUUUAAUCAAAAUGCCCUUGAGAAAUAUGACAGAGAAUGGAUUUCAAUGUGACUCCUGUUUUGUUCGGGAUAGUCUUCAAUGUAACCGAAUACCAAUGAAUUGCGCCGGUACCCAAACAGAGUGCCUUGAAUAUACUGGACAAGGAUCUCGGCCAGGAAAAGUGACAAAGAAUUAUAGUUUCUCUGGCUGUGCCAUUGCAGGAUCAUGCAAAGAUGGAAUGCCCAAUUUAAUAGGAUCACAGGCAUAUACUCCAGAUGGGCUGGGUUGCAAAAAUGCAAUUGCAGUAAAAUAAAAAUAAUUGCUUACCAAUCAUACACACUUAUGCCACUGUGUCUUCAUUGCUGUUAUCUGUUACUAAUAUAUUUGACCACAGGACUGAAUGUACAAGUUAAAAUUAUU